AAAAUUAACUAAUACAUGUAUAUAUAUAUUGCGGAGUUUUUAAGGGGUUUUACUUUUGCUCAAAUUGGUCUCUCUCGCGAGGAGUUUCUGCAGCUGGUUCUGCAAAUCCGAGCUCGUGAUCGCUCUUCCCUGACCGACUCGCCUGAAGUAGCAUUGGCAUCGACAAGAAUGGCGACCUCAGCCUCAGGUUCAAAGUCACUCAAAGAGUAUUUGAAGCGAUAUGAAAGUACGGUGGAGCAAGAAAAGAAGAAGAAGAAAAAGAAGAAAAAGAACAAACCGAGAACAGAUGCUGCUAGGGUUUUAGUUGUUGAUGAAGAUCCAGUUUGGCAGAAGCCCGUAAAUCUCUCAGAAGAAGAAAAUACUGAUGAUUCAGCUGAUGAAGCAAAGCCCCAAAUUGAUGAAGACAUUGAAGUGAAGCGAAUGAGAAGGCUGGAGCUUCUCAGGUCCAGACGUCCUUAUCACUCCAUUUCUGAUGAUGGGAGUGGCUGGGUUUCACUUUCUUCAAAAUCCUUCAACUUGGUUAAUCAAAAUGCCGACAUGUCUCCACCCCGUUUAAGGUCUCGGAAUGACACACCUUCACCAGAACAUGGACUAGAGUCAUGUGGUCCUGCUGAUACUGCUCUGUCACCACCAUGUCGGAGACGGCAAGAUACUCCCUCACCUGGACCUGUUGCAGAACUUACGGAUUUAAAUGCAACAAAGUUUGAUAUGUCCCUCCCUCGUCGGAAGAGGGUGCGGCAUGAUUCUGCAUCACCACAACCCAGUCCUAAGCAGCCACUUUCUGGCAAGGAAUAUGCUGAUUUAUCUCCCCCUAGGCAGCAGCUAAGACGUAUGUCAUCACCUGAAAGAAGUUCCAUCAUAUCAGAUGUUGAUAUAUCUCCACCUCGUAGAAGGAGGGCUACAUCGGAUGCACCAUCAUCUGAGCCACAUGUCGAUGAGGCAGAUUUUGGCAGAAAAGACACUGAUCUAUCACCUCCAAGGCAACAUCGGCGACGCCAUAGUACUCCUCCCGAUCCUGAUUUUGAUGGUUCAGAUCUGGCACUGCCAAGGAGAAGCCAGAAGGGUCGUGGGAAGCAAUCAUCACCUGAUCAUCCUACAGAACGUCUAUUAGAGGAAAUUGAUGUUUCACUUCCUUCUGCUUCUGACCUUUCCCCGCCGAGAAAAAGUAGGAAGAAUUUGUCUGGUUCAGUGGACACAAGAGAGGGAAUAGCAACUGGACUAAUUUCUGGUAAAGAUAUCAGCAAGGAUACGGCUAAAAUUAAAAAGGAUGAGUGGUUGAGGUUUAACGCAUUGGAUGCUUCUAUUACCGGGAAAGGAGCUGAAGGUGUAUAUCGGGAUAAAUUGACAGGAAAACGCUUAUCAAAGGAGGAGGUCCUAAAGUCACGACAGAAAGUAGAAGAAAAGCCUAAGGAAAAGAAGCUGGAGUGGGGCAAGGGGUUGGCACAAAAGCGGGAAGCAGAAGAGAGGCUGCAGGAACUAGAAAGUGAAAAGGACAAACCAUUUGCUCGGACUAGAGACGAUCCAGAACUCGAUAAAAUGCUAAAGGAAAGAGUUAGAUGGGGAGAUCCCAUGGCACACUUAGUAAAGGUAAAAAAACAUGUGGAGCCAGCACUUGCCGAUUUUGGGGAUGAUGAGAAGAUGAAGGAAUCAGGAUUUGUAAUUCCUCAGGACAUUCCCAGUCACAGCUGGUUGAAAAGGGGAUUGGACGCUGCCCCAAAUCGAUACGGUAUAAGACCAGGAAGACACUGGGAUGGGGUUGAUCGUAGUACUGGGUACGAGAAGGAGCUAUUCAAAAGGAUGAACGAGAAACGAGCAUCAGAGAGAGAAGCUUACCUAUGGUCUGUGUCGGAUAUGUGACUGUUUCCACAACAUAAGAUCCACGGCUUACUAUUCUCAAGUUUCAGCAUUUUGUCGGCCAAAAAUCAAGUGAAAGUGCAGCUCACAUUCAUUUUCGAGAUAAAUUUGGUUGAGAUGUUGCAUUUUGUCUUCCGUGCAUAAAAGGUAGCUCUCCUCUGUUCAAAAGUCUGACUGAUGGAUUAUUUCUAAUUCCGCAAGUACACCGGACUUGUGGAGUCCCCCGGGUUUGUAUAGACCUGCAGAUUAUGAUGUUUUGUAGAUUGUCUUCUUUCCCGUCUUUUUUUUUUUUUUUUUUUUUUGUCGUAGGGGGAAAGAUAGAGAGCCUCUGGGGGGAAAAAAGGAAAGGAAUGAUAUCCGUUUUGCUUUGUCUUACAGUGACUUUGCUAUUGA